AUGGAUUCUCUCGUCCUCCUAAGUCUUCUCGCCGGAGUACUCUCCUUGUGUUUGGUGCCGGGAUCUAGCAAAGACACCCAUCUUAUCUCCCUUAACUUCGCCGUCAACAUCGACGACGCAGCCAAGCCCAACUACGAUAUUCAGCCAUCUCUGAGCACUCGUCGACGUGCGCUCCAACCGUUCGAUCUAUCCGACGGCACCAAGCUUGCAGUUGGCGACUGGGCUUGCACCCCAUCGGGGGCCAUCAUGCGAGACGAACGACACUACGCCGCCGCCUCAGAGUUCAAUGGCUUCAGAUUCGUGGAUCCCGAGAUUCUCGGUCGUAUUGGGACCCAGUCCUCCUUUAACACUCCGCAGCCCAGGCCGUCCAAGCUGACUGACGUUGACAACACAUUCCCCAUGUGGGGGACGGGACGCAUGAGUUGGUAG